AGGAAACCGGCUGGCGGCCGCGGGCCGGCGCCGGGGGAGGCGAGGGGUUAACCGGGGUGGGGGCAUCCCGGGCCGAGAGGUGUGAAUUCCGCCCGCUUCCCCCCGCCCCGCUUCCCCCCUAGCUAUAAGAGCUGUCGGCUCGGGCUGGGGGGAGCCACUGCGGCUUCUCCUCGCUGCGAGCCCGGCGCCCGGCAGAGCUUUGAAGUCGGGAGGAGCGGCGGCUGCUGCUGCUGCUCCGCUGCUCCGCGCCGCCCGGUACCGAUAUCGAUACCGCCUCCGCUGCACCGCUCGGCCCGAGGGGUCCCCGCUGUCCCCGUGCGGACGGCGCUCCUCCGACCGUAUCCCCCCGUGGCGGGCGGGUCUGUAUGCAGCGUGAAGCUCUUUCGCUGGAUCUAGGAUAAACUCUGAGCAAGCUCUUUUAUUGGCUUGGAAUCAGAAGUGUCUGGAAGUCUUAAUGAAAACCAAGUGUAAGGCAAGGCUCAGCCACCUGUCCCCGGCAUCCCCGGCCAAGAGCUCUGCGCUUCGAUUAAUCAAUGGAUCCGCGAUUUGGAACGCGUCUGUGCCCUGGAGCAAUGCGUGGGGCGAGAGUGGAGCUGAGCUGGGAACCGGGAGCCCCGAUGGGGAUCUGUGCGAGGCAGAUCCCACAGCUGUGCAGGCACUGCCAGCACGUCUGUGCUUCCACAGCUGCACGAGAGCCGUUGCAGGAAGCAGAAGGAGCAGAGAAACCUCUGUGCUGCUGCUCUGCAGCCUCUCUCUCACCUCCCCGUUUCCCAGAGGCAGUGCCUAGUUGCCCUAUCCUUCAAGGGAUGUUAGCAUAAGUUCCUCUCUACACUGCUUUUUCUUGCAGAUGUGAGCUGCUGUGAUUGCUUGGAAGCAUGACUUCCUGAAGCCUGCCUGUUUCUGGCUCUCACUGUGAAAUACGUUGUGGCUUUAAGCUGGGUUUUAAUUAAGAAAAUGCCAUUCUGGGUUAUUCUCUUUUGUGAGGCAAAUGGAGAAAGGGGUGGAAGGCUGACAGUUGGGAUGCUGUGUUCCUGCACUUCAGUUGCAUGUGGUUUCUUCUCUAUAAGAGCAGGCUUCAAGAAAUUGCUGGGAAUUAGAGUAGAAUAAAUGAAAAGGAAAAAUAAUCACUGUUAAUUGUAUCGAAUACUUGGUGAGAUUGAAGUAUACAAGUCUUCUAAAAGCCAGGCCCACUGGUGACAUCUGGUGCAGCCACUGGGAACCAGUGCAGAAGUGUGGGUUGGCAGAUAGCAGCAGAGAUGGGGAUGGGAACCUGUGCCAUGUUGGUGUUUCCUUUAAUCAGGAUGAAGAUGCUCAGGUGGAGGUGGAGCAGGGUCUCUGUCAGUGUAUGGUCCUGGCUGAGGGCUGCCCUGGCCCUUCUCGUCGUGGGCAACAUGGCCUUUGUGAUAGCUCAGGACCUGCCUCAGACCUCCAACAGCCUGGAGGAGGGUGCAGAUGUCACUGCAUACUGGUGGGGUGAGUGGACCAAGUGGACAGCGUGCACGAGGAGCUGUGGUGGAGGUGUGAAGUCCCAGGAGAGGCACUGCCUGCGGCAGAGACGAAAGUCAGUGAGUGGGCUGGCUAAUAAAACUUGCACUGGAACAUCCAAAAGAUACCAGCUCUGCAAAGUACAAGAGUGCCCUGCAAACGGAAGGAGCUUUCGAGAGGAGCAGUGUUCAUCCUUUAACUCCCAUGUGUAUAAUGGAAGAACGUAUCAAUGGAAACCUUUAUACCCUGAUGACUAUGUUCACAUUUCUAGCAAGCCCUGUGACCUCCAUUGCACCACUGUGGAUGGUCAGAGACAAUUAAUGGUUCAGGCUCGGGAUGGAACAUCCUGCAAAUACACUGAUUUCCGAGGGGUUUGCGUGUCUGGAAAAUGUGAGCCAAUUGGCUGCGAUGGCAUUCUCUUUUCCACCCACACCUUGGAUAAAUGUGGAGUUUGCCAAGGAGAUGGGAGCAGCUGCACUCAUGUGACGGGGAGUUACAGGAAAGGAAACGCUCAUCUGGGCUAUUCCCUGGUAACACACAUUCCUGCUGGAGCAAGGGAUAUCCAGAUAGUGGAACGGAAAAAAUCUGCAGAUGUUCUGGCUGUGGCUGAUGAAGCUGGGUACUAUUUCUUCAACGGGAAUUACAAAGUUGACAGCCCAAAGAAUUUCAACAUUGCAGGCACGGUGUUCAAGUACCGCCGGCCCAUGGACGUCUAUGAGACUGGCAUAGAGUAUAUUGUUGCACAAGGACCAACAAACCAAGGAUUGAACAUCAUGGUCUGGAAUCAAAAUGGCAAAAAUCCAUCCAUCACGUUUGAAUAUACUCUCUUGAGGAAACCACACUCAAAUCUCCAGCCCAUCUACUACACCUUUUCUGAGUCAGAUAGCGAAGAAAGCAGGGAGUUUGAUGGAGAUGUGCCAUUGGGUUUUAUCCAACACAACGCAACCUAUUUUGGGAAAAUCUCCAGGGAAAGGAUAGACUUGGAGAACCAGGUGUUUGGAAGACAGGACACGGAGGAAGAUUUAAACUUGAGCAAAGGUCAGGAAACCAAUGAGGUCUAUGAAAGAGCAGAAACAAUUGACUGUGAGCCAAAACUGAAGGGCAAACAACCCAAAGAUUCAAACGUAACCAGGUCUACUUACCAGACAGACCAUGACGACAGAGACUUUGACCCCAGGUUUACCUCCAGGGAAUUCCUUUCGGAGAAUGCCAUCACAGACAAACUGCUGGACAAGGCCUCUGACUCAAAGGAGUUGGUACUCAACAUGACCAUGAACAGCAUCUUUGCCCAGGGAGACCCAAUCAACUCUGUGGGGUCCCACAUUGACAGCCUCUACGUUGACUACGAGGACACUGAUGGCAUUGUGACCUAUACCAUCAAUGGCACGUACAUGGAGCUCAGCAAUGGCAAAGCCAUCAAUUCAUCUGCAGAGACACCGUUUUCAAAUGCCACUGUCACCAUGACCAGCUCUCAAGGGAACAGAACCCACAAAGCAAGAAACAGAUUGAAGUUGUUAAGAAAGGGCCAAGGUGUGAGUGCUGCUGACAUGUACAGGUGGAAGCUUUCCUCCCAUGAACCCUGCAGCUCUACAUGCACCACAGGAGUGAUGUCCACGUAUGCUAUGUGCGUUCGCUAUGAUGGGAUCGAAGUGGACGAUACGUACUGUGAUGCCAUGACCCGCCCUGAGCCUGUCCAUGAGUUCUGUGCUGGGAGAGAGUGCCAGCCAAGGUGGGAGACAAGCAGCUGGAGUGAGUGCUCCCGUACCUGCGGUGAGGGCUACCAGUUCCGCAUCGUGCGCUGCUGGAAGAUGAUCUCUCCAGGCUUUGACAGCUCUGUCUACAGCGACCUCUGUGAGUCAGCUGACAUCACCCGGCCCGACGAGCGCAAAGUCUGCAAGAACCCGGCCUGUGGGCCACAAUGGGAGAUGUCUGAGUGGUCAGAGUGCUCUGCGCGGUGCGGUGAGCGCAGCGUGGUGACGCGGGACAUCCGCUGCUCGGAGGAGGAGAAGCUGUGUGAUGCCAGCGCCCGACCCCUGGCUGAGAAGAACUGCACAGGGCCGCCCUGCGACCGCCAGUGGACCGUGUCUGAUUGGGGACCGUGCAGUGGUGGCUGCGGACAGGGCAGGAUGAUCCGACACGUGUACUGCAAAACCAGCGAUGGGCGCGUGGUGCCAGAGUCGCAGUGCAACCUGGAGACAAAACCUCUGGCCAUCCACCCCUGCGGGGACAAGAACUGCCCGUCACACUGGUUGGCACAGGACUGGGAGCGGUGCAACACCACGUGCGGCCGGGGUGUGAAGAAGAGGAUUGUGCUCUGCCUGGAGAUUGUCAAUGGCAAGAUCAAGACUCACAACCCCACUGACUGCGACGUGGCCAAGAAGCCUGUGGAGGAGACGACAUGCUUCGAGCGGCCGUGCUUCAAGUGGUACACCACCCCGUGGUCAGAGUGCACUAAAACCUGCGGCAUCGGUGUGAGGAUGCGGGAUGUCAAGUGCUACCAGGGGAAGGACAUCGUCCGUGGCUGCGACCCCCUGGUGAAGCCAGUGGGCAAGCAGACCUGUGACCUGCAGCCCUGCCCCACCGAGCCCCCAGACGACAGCUGCCAGGACCAGGCAGGAACCAACUGCGCUUUGGCCAUCAAAGUGAACCUGUGCAGCCACUGGUACUACAGCAAAGCCUGCUGCCGCUCCUGCCGCACCCCCCACUCGUAGUGCAGGGCUGGGGCCGCAGCCCUGCUCGUGAGCAUUGGGGAUGGAUGUUCCUUUCCUCGCUCUGCUGGCACGGCUUGCUUUCAGAGCUGCUGUACAUUGGUUAUCAGAGCUGUACAUACGAUCGUGUAUAUUUGAUUUCCCCCAACAGCAGACAUUCACUGGUUUCACAAGGUCUCGUCCUUUGGUUUCUUUUUGCCUAUGCAAGUAGGGGGUGGGCACGGACCCAUGGGAGUGAAAGUACCGGUGUGUUCCCUAGCAGAGGGGGUGAGUGCCUCCUCCCUGCUUUCUCCUCAAUGCUUUCUUACAUUUAACACAGUGGGAAGCAGAUUUUCAUUUGCUAAAUGAACUCAAGCCCAAGCCCUCUUUUGUAAUAUGGAGGUGUAUACUUUUUCAGAGGAUUUUAUCUUGUAACCAAAUGUUAGUGCCACAGUCCUUACAACCUCCCCCCCCUCAAAUGCUGACAUAUUGUAUAUAAUAUGGAAACAUUACUGCACUUUAUAUCACAAAAAAGACGUGCUCUUUUUUAAUAUAUUUGUUUACAGACAGUGAACUUUAUCCACAUAAUCAUUAAUUUGUACCCAUGUAUAUUUUAAUAAAGUUGUCAUAUUUAUGGUGGUA